GUUCACUUUGUCCGUCCAGGGAGAGCGAUUGACUCGGCUGCAACUUCUAACUGACCAGCAUGGGACAGAACCUGGAGAAACUGGAUGGGGGAGAAGAGGCCGUCGGUGAAGGUUCGGAGGAGACAAGGCCGUGCCCUCACCCUGUAGGUGCAGACGGUAAUGCAGGUGAAGUCAUGGAAGGCGAAGGCUCCUGUGAGGAGGCUGGUAACAGCGGGGAAAAUUUAGGGGAAGACACACAGGAUCGAGACAGACGCCCCCACCAGGAGCCAACAACACCUUCCAGUGAGAGGCACGUAAAUUUGUGGGUGAGUCCUAUUGCUGCACGGGAGGUGAAGCAGGGAGGGGCUGCAGGAAAGGAGGGAAGAGGAGGAGGAGCAGACAUGGGCAGGGCCGCUCCAGUGGUUCACCAGGAGACGGACAAGAACCGAAAGAGUAGUGCAGGAAUUGAGGAAAGAAACACAGCAUACAAGCUGUUCAGCCACUUUAGUAGAGAGGAGAGAAAGAUUCGGCAAGAGCUCCGGACAUCCUCAAGGAUCAAGAUGGAGUAUCACGAGGAAGUAACCGGCCCUCAUGAGGAGAGACAAGAGGAAAACUUCUCAGCUGAAAAGUAUGGCCUUUCUGUUACCUCAAAGGAUACAAGCUCAUCCAACAACACUGAAGAGGGCUCUGCAGGGAAGAAUGUGAGCAAAUGUAGCGCUCACACAGGAAGUGAAAUGCUGUCUGCUCAAGAUCAGAAUGGGAGCAUGAUGGCUGAAGCUGAGGAGCUCUGUGCAGGAACAGUGGACAGCUUCAGGCAGAGGAAGGAACCACCUCCAGCCCAAGCCCAACAUCCUUCCAAAAACAAUCUGCAGAAAGAGUCUCUAUUAGACAUGAGUGAUACCAUUCAUUGUAGACGUCCAAAAGGGACAACAGAGACUAAUGCAAAGGGGGAAACACUAACAUGCGAGGUUGAGCAAGUUUUGAAUGACUACUCUUCAAGAAAACCAAAGGUCACCGACACUGAUGAUCAAAAGGAGUCACUGAGGCCUUAUCUACAAACGGACACAACCAAGACAAACAAAUGUGAUUCAGAUUCAGCAUCAAAUCCAGUCUCAUCCAGCUCUAUUUUGGAGAGACUACUGAGGAGAAACAUCAAGGAGGCAACCCCGGCUCUUUCUAAAAUAAAAGAGGAAGACAAGGACACUUCAGAUGUUCCUGCGGACAUGAAUGCAAAAAGGAUCCUCGACGGAACAGGAACAGAGAUACCCAGUGAUAGGACUGACCGGUCAGGAUGUGUUUCACGCUCUUCUGCUGAUUCAAAAAGGAACCCACGUAAACCAAACCUUGCAUCAAAGGAUCACCACAUUAAAGACUCAAGUGAGAGCGCGCCACCACAAUCACAUUGUUGCGAGAGUUCAGAGAUGAGCAUCAACCCAAAAAAGGCUUCAUCAAACAUGGGACCCUCUGAAAACCUGUCCCCGGAUGACUUACAAUCAGCUGGUUCAUAUGAAAGAACAUCAUGUGAAGAGAGUGUGAUCGCUGAGGAAUCUGCACCUUCCUCUCUGUCGGAAGUAAAGUCUUCACCCACGAAAAGUGAUGGGCAGAAGUCAGAGUCAUGCCGUCUACCUGCUGCUGAUAAGACAGGCAAUGGUACUGUGACAGCUGUGGUCAGUCGCUCAGAGGUCACAACCAGCAUCAAGCAGGAUCUGCAUGUGACACUUAACACACCUGACCAAACUGACAACAGUACUGUCAACGACCUUCCCAAAUCUAGGCCUGUCUCUGAACUCAUAAAGGAAACAAUUAAACUGCAAGAAAAACUGCAGCACCAAGAGCGGCCGAAGCAAGCUGAAGCUAAGUGCGACGAGCAGGCCCAGUCAUUGAAGGUGGCAAAGAUGAAGGCCGCUUUUGACUCUCCUCAGAAAUCCCCUGACAAGGCGAUCGACAGGAAGCCAUCAAUGAGAAAAGGUAAGGGCAUUUAA